GCCAACGGUCCUUGCGUCCGGGCCGCAGAUACGCCGCCGCUUUUCUUUCACGAGCCAUUUUUCGGUUACGCCCUAGCCCCUCUCGCUCUCAGGCGGUCCAGCUGGACGUUGCAUUUGGCCACACCCCAGCUUUACCGGCAGCCAGCCUCUGUUGCACCCACAUGUCGGGCGUCUUUGGUCUGCCUUUGUGAAUCCGGGACGACGGUUGCCCUCCCUGUGCGAUUGGAUUGCGGAUAAGGCUGGAAGCUGGACUGGCCAUCCACCAGCCGAUUGCGUGCAAGUGAGCGACGGUCUUGAGGUCAUCCUGGCUCCUUCACGAGCACGGAGAGCCGGAUCAUAGAGUUGCCGCACCCGCAACCUAGCCUUUAUUUUUCAGAUCUGCAAUGUUGAUAACGGACUCCACCGGCUGAUUCUUUUGCGCUUGCGUGCGCAAGCUGGCCUCGCCAUGGAACUUGAGCUACAGGUGAUUGGCAAAGAGGUGGAGACUGGCGCCGUCGACGAUCCAGUCAAGAACUCCAAAGACGCCCGGGAUCUGUCACUACGACCUGUGCCGCCGGUCGACAUCGCCAUUCGCAACGUCAGUGUUGUCCUGCGGAACAGUGGUGUUGUCAAUUCGAGCAUACCGCUGCUGCGAAAACCCGGCCGUGCCGAGGCGGCCGCCGGAGACAAGAAGAUAUUGGACUCUGUAUCAGCAGACUUUCCUAGCGGCAGUCUCACAGCAAUCCUGGGAAGCAGUGGCUCAGGCAAGACGACUCUUCUGAACGUGCUCGCCGACCGGAUUCACGACAGCAAGCUGGACAUCACGGGCGAGCGCAUUUUCAAUGGCUCAACCCAGCGUAACGGAGUGGAGAGCGCGUAUGUCAUGCAGCAGGAUGUGCUCAUCCCGACCUUGACCGUCCGAGAGACCUUACGCUAUUCUGCUGAUCUAAGGCUGCGCGAUGUUGUCGACAGGGACGAACGCUAUCACAUUGUCGAAGAAGUCAUUCUGGAGCUGUCGCUCAAGGAAGCCGCCGACACCCGCGUCAAGUACUGCAGCGGCGGAGAGAAGCGAAGAACGUCGCUCGCCAUUCAGUUGCUGGCAAACCCAUCCGUGCUCUGGCUGGACGAACCAACGACUGGCCUGGACGCAACGUCGGCGUUUCAACUCACCACCACUCUCAAAGCGCUGGCUUGCAGAGGUCGCACCGUAAUCGUCACUAUACACCAGCCGCGCUCUGAGAUCUGGACCUUGUUCGAUCGCAUCAUCCUGCUCUCGCAAGGGAGGAGCGUCUACGCCGACAAUCGGGAAGCAUGCACGACAUACUUUGCAAGACUUGGGUUCCCUCUCCCGCCGUUCUGCAAUCCCGCUGAACAUGUAAUCGACAUUGCUGCGGUCGACAACCGCACUCCCGAGCUGGAGCUUGCUUCCCAGACUCGCGUUGACAACCUCAAGGCCGCAUGGGCAGACGCGUCCAAGGACGUGUUUCCCGACGUGCCAAUCACAGCCAUGGGCGGCGGCCCGCGGUCGAAGACGAGCAAACGAAAUUCUCACAGAGUGUCGCUGGGUCGGCAGAUUCGCGUUCUAACCUCCCGCGUCUGGAUUACCACUGUCCGAGAUCCUCUCGGCCUUUUCGGCACCAUCUUCGAAGCUAUCUUCAUGGGUAUCUUGAUGGGGUGGAUCUUUUUCCAGCUAGACAAGACGCAGAGCGGUAUCCGGUCACGGAUUGGUGCCAAUUACAUCGCAUCGGCUCUGCAGGGCUAUCUCAUCUUGAUGUUCGAGACGUAUCGACUGAUCAUGGACAUUGCAGUCUUCGACCGUGAGCGUGCGGAAGGAGUCGUCAGCGUACCGGCCUUCAUGAUCUCACGCCGCAUCUCCAAGAUCGUCGAAGAUUUGCCGGUCCCGCUCAUCUUUUCAUUGCUUUUCUACUUCAUGACGGGCUUUCGAACAGAGGGUGACACAUUUAUGAUCUUCUUUGUCAUCGUUCUCAUAAGUCACUACAUCGCAGUUGCAUUUGCCACAUUUGCGGUCUCGAUUUCACGCGAAUUUGCUGCUGCUUCACUGAUCGGCAACCUUUCAUUCACCUGGCAAACUUUUGCAUGCGGCUUCUUUGUCCUCGCCGCCAACAUGCCUGUCUACGUGAAGUGGACUCGGUACACAGCAUACGUUUGGUACGCGUUCGGGGCUUUGUGUUACAACGAAUUUCACGGCCAAUUCUACGACUGUCCCGUACUUGGGGGGCCAGACAAUCCUGAGUGCGCACCUUAUGUGGGAGACUUCCAGCUGCAGACUUUCGGCAUACCAUCGAACUGGAGAUCACGACCUAUUGUGAUUCUGUUAUCCUUCUCAAUUCUUUACUUUGUGCUCGCGUCUCUCAUUCUGCAGAUUAACCGCCAAGAGAUGAAGGUGGCCAACGCACGCAGGGAAGAUGUUGACAAGUCUGCGGGCAAAGAGCGUAUGAGAGUUCGCUCGCCAGAAGACGUUCGGUCGGUGACCGUCCGGUUGCAGGGCUACCAUAUUGAUGUGGCUCGACGCAGUUUGGUCGGAGCUAAGCUCAGUACGCUGCAGAAACAUAUCCUCCAUCCGGUCAACGCUGUCUUCCCUCCAGGCACACUGAACGUCAUUAUGGGGCCGUCGGGUUCAGGCAAAACAAGUUUGCUGUCGAGCAUGGCCAACAGGCUCAGGAGUGACCUGAUCAGUCAAUACCAUAUCGGUGGCAAGCUACUUAUAAACGAAGCAGAACCCAGCAAGGACGUGCUGCAGUCGAUCGUAUCAUAUGUCACACAAGAUGACGACGCCCUGCUCUCUAAGCUGACGGUUCGUGAAACGCUCCAGUUUGCGGCAGGUCUACGACUGCCGAAGUGGAUGUCAAAGCAGGACAAGCACAGGAGAGCCGAGGAGGUCCUCCUUCAGAUGGGUCUGAAGGACUGCGCAAACAGCAUCGUUGGAUCGAAUCUCGUCAAGGGCAUCAGCGGCGGAGAACGCCGUCGGUGUACAAUCGCGAUACAGAUUCUGACUGAUCCGCGAAUACUCCUGCUUGAUGAGCCAACUUCGGGGUUGGAUGGGUUCACCGCCGCCUCAAUCAUGGAUGUCUUGCGCGGCCUGGCCGACGAAGGCAGAACAAUCGUGAUGACCAUUCACCAAAGCAGAUCAGACUUAUGGCCGUCUUUUGGAAAUGUUCUCUUGCUUGCACGAGGUGGCCACCCAGUCUAUGCCGGGCCCCGCAGUCGGAUGAUUGAACAUUUCGCAAGGUUGGGAUGCCAGUGCCCCGAGACAACGAAUCCGGCGGAUUUCGCUCUAGACUUGAUCACAAUCGACCUUCGACACGCCGCGCAAGAGACGGCUACCAGAAAGAAGGUUCAAAGCCUGAUUGACGGAUGGAACGAGGCGGAUAAGGACGUCGAACGGCGCGACAGCAGCGUGAUCGCAACGCCUGCCGAGCUGGGAUCUCUCCGCAAAACACGGACGUCGUUCCGUCUGGCGCUGCCGAUCCUCUUUCACCGUUCGUUGCUCAACUUGUGGAGGCAACCGCCGCUCUGGGUAGCGCGCAUCAUGCAGAUCUGGGGCAUGAGCAUCAUCAUGACCUUCUUCUUCGCGCCCCUGAAGACGGACUACUACAGCAUCCAGUCUCGACUAGGAUUCAUCCAGGAGAUCGCGCCCGUGUACUUCGUGGGCAUGCUCAACAACAUCGCAAUCUACCCGUUGGAGCAGGCCGUCUUCAACAAGGAGUACGAUGACAGAGCCUCGAACGUGGAGGCCUUCCUCGUUCAGUACGCCCUGCUGGAGUUGCCCUUCGAGGUCCUGGUUUCGUUCAUGUUCUCGGCCUUGGCCGACAUAGCUGCCGGGCUUCCCAAGACUGCCAUGGCGUUCUUCGUCGUGUCGUUCAACGUCUUCUGCAUCGUCAACUGCGGCGAGUCUUUGGGUAUCGUCUUCAACACCCUGAUCACGCACACCGGCUUCGCCGUGCAGAUCAUGAGCGUCUUUCUCAGCGUCGCCCAGUGCAUGGGCGGGACCAUCGCGACCCAGAUCCCGAGCUUCCUGCAAGCAUUCAACUACCUUAGCCCUAUCAAGUGGUCCAUCGAAAGCAUGGCCCAUAUCGCGUUUGACGGCCUUCAGUUUGGCUGCUUGGAAUCGCAAAGGCUGCCCAACGGCUCGUGUCCGCUGCUCACCGGCGAGGACAUCCGAAGGCUGUACAGACUCGAUCUUGACCUCUGGAAAGCCAUCCUUGCUCUGGGCAUAGUCACGCUCGGGUACAGGCUCAUAGCGUACAUUAUUCUCAAAGCUCUGAGGGAGAAGUGGUACAACGUUUUCGGCAAGUUGAAGCGCUGAAUAGGACUUUGCCUCUGGUUUCCAAAGAAAGGAAGGGAGGCGGGCGAAGGCGAAAGAUCACUGUAGUCCGAGCGGAUUCAAAACUGUGUUGCGGACACUAUAUGAGGCGGCUGGUAGUAAACUGUCGUUGCCAUGAGAGACGCAGACCAGGCUGCGCGUACAAAAGGUCACAUGUAGUCUUCCAAAAAGUGGAGCAAGCUCCAGCUUCACCAAAGAGACCAUUUUCCAUCACCUCACACCGCUCGCCACCUUUGCGCAUCGCGAUUCAUUCUUUCCUCCGCAUCCCCAUCCCAACGGAUGGGCGUCGCACUUGACCCUGAAACGUGCAUUUCCCAACCGUAAUGGCUUUGCAGACAACGCGCAUCUCACGAGAAAGAAUGCAACGCCAUCGUUCCAACCAGGAGCGGGGAGAUGGGGGGGGGUGGUCCCCACCCCGCAAAAUUCGAUAGGGCGCCGCCCCAUCCUCCACAGCCGACCUCCCCAUGAACGAACGGGGCACGCGGAGAACCAGAAAGAAAAGGCUCAGGAACAGGCCAAAAAAAAAAGCUUGGACGCCAGACCCAAAGGGAACGCCAGUGCGGUAAUGGCGACGUGAAGCGUGGCCCGAAUCACGGGGCGUCUGACCCGAGUCCCCUGUGCCACGAGCGAUGAAUAAUUUGACCCAGAUCGGGCCUUCGUGAUUGGCCGCGCGUUACCAAAUCGAGCAGGUAUCGUGAUCGGUGACGAAGACUUUUUCAUUUUAACGUCGCUGCUGAAAGCAAAGCGGACGGGGU